AGAGUGACAACUAAUGCUUUUUUUUUUUUUUUUUUUUACCUCCCCACUUCGGGUUACGCUCACUGCUCAAGGACGUAGGAAGGCAAACGCUGGAGAGACUGACGAGGGGAGGUGGGGGGUCUGAAUGGCAUUUACGGGAGGCAGGGAAGGGCUCCUGAAAGCAUACAACAACCGGAGUCGGCCGUACGUUUGGAUAUCAUGCCUUGACCACGAAAGUCUUAUUAGCCGCCGAUAAACUGCGGCAGCACGUCGGGAAUAAAGGCCUCCGCAGAUGGAGCUCGUUCCUCUUUAAUCCGGCCAGAGAGCUCCCUGACAGGCGGCCAAACGCCACAGAGAAGGGUGAGCUGUCGAAGUCUUCGGUCCGGGAAAUGCAUUCAUGCUAAAUGUUGCAAGAAAAGGCCAAGCUAAUGUUGCGAAGUCGCCUCGUUUCCCGUCGCCGCAGCGGAGAAUGGCUGAGUGUAAACAACCGUCAUAACGCCUGCUCCGCUCCCUGAGUUGGUUUUCCUCUCUUUUUCUGCUCCGCAGGGUGCUUUUUUUUCGCAAUUGAAGGAAUUUAUGGGAUCACAAGUCUCCUCUGAUGAAAUGAGUGUGCGUGCUGGCCAGGGCAGUGAUGAGGUACUGGUUUCUCAGGCGGUGUGGGAUUACCUGGCUGCAGCUGGGCGGCCCUGGCUCAUUGACUUCCAGCACAAGCAGGGGAUGCGCGCCGGCAUUAUUAGGCGAGGAGAGAGGGGGGGCUGCUGCGCUGUGCGACUGCAGCCGGUGGAAGGCUCGAGGUGCGCUGGAGCUGGAGUGAUGGAUGGACCCAUCUCUAGCGAGACGCGAAAAGCCUUCAUUGACUUAUGCCGCUGUGCCCGCAAAGAAAUGAGCAAACAGGACGGAGGACCCAAGAGGAAGAGGGCUCUGCUACCUUGUGUGGGAGCCCUGGAGCAUAACGGAGAGGGGAGCCUUCUUCAGCCUCCACCUCCACAACCUCGGCGCUCCCAAAGGCAGCAGCAGAGGUUCAGGAAGCCUGCCGAUGAGGAGGCAUGUGCUGUGCUCCACGAGGCAGCCCAGAGGAAGGACACGGACUCUGGCAUGGCUUCCCACAGUGAGGCCGAGGACAGCAACACUUGUUCCAUCUGCAUCGGGGACAUAGUGGAGAGGAAUACCCUGGAGAAAUGCGGCCACUCGUUCUGUCGCUCUUGCCUCGAUCAAGCCUUUAAGGUGAAGAAAGCGUGUCCUGUGUGCCGACUGGUGUAUGGCCAGCUGAUUGGGAACCAACCCGCCAAUGGUUCCAUGAUCGUAGAGAGAGAUCCUGAUCUGCAGCUUCCUGGCCAUGAAGGCUACGGGUGUAUCCACAUCAUCUACAGCUUCCCUCCCGGCCAACAGACGCUAGAACACCCCAACCCAGGUGUUCGAUACCCAGGAACAGACCGUGUGGCCUACCUCCCUGACAGCCCUGAGGGGAACCGUGUGCUGGGCCUGCUGCGCCGGGCAUUUGAGCAGCGCCUUAUUUUCACCAUCGGUACCUCCAUGACUACGGGCAUGCAAAACGUCAUCACCUGGAAUGACAUUCACCACAAGACCUCAAUAUGGGGCGGGCCACGCUGCUUUGGCUACCCAGACCCCACCUACCUGGUGCGAGUGACAGAGGAACUCAGAGAGAAAGGCAUCACUGCGGACUGACAACAUGGAAAUAGCCGAUUCUUCCGAGACUUUGUUGGGCUUUGUGAAGGCCCCUGCUUUGGACAGGACUCUGCUCCAGGCUGUGUUCUGUGACUGCCCGCCACUUAAGAAAAGGCUGAAGACAAAGACCUCACCAGACAGAUGUCUAAUGCUGCAGCAGAGCCCGUAUCUCCCACAACAGUUGUUCUGCUUGUUUAUGUUCUCGCAGAGUCCAGCCUACCCCAGUUCUACACGUGGAAGAAAUACCUUGAGUGCAGUGCAUUCCUAUAUAAGAAAUCCUCAAGCUGUCACAGCUGGCGAUAGGCCUGAUAUCUGAUGCACUUAUUAAGAGCAUUGUGGUGUUUUGGACUUCAUAGUACUUAUAUAUCAUUUAGGAAAUUUAAGUUUAAUGUCAUGAAGUUUAUGUUUUCUUAAUGUUCAUAUCAUAUUUUCUGGGUUACGUUAAUUCUAAUAAGCACAUAUCCUUGGUGUUGCCCCCCCCCAGUAAAGUUUGUCAAGCAAUUUUUAUUGUUAUUACAAUAUAAGGAUUGUACUUAGCUCAUACAGCAGAGUAGCUCUGCUUUUAUGAAUAGACUAAAUGUUAUGAAGUUAAUGCAAUCUAAAGCACUCACUGGCACUUUGGUACAGAAGUUUGUUUUUUGGGUGAAACAAGAGGGAUGAAUUUGCUUCCCCUCUCUGAAGGCUGCUCAAAUUUGUCCAACCAUGAGCUAUUUGCUUCUUACAGCCUGAUGUCAGUGACCUAGAAGGUUUCAUUUUUGCAGGAAUCUUAUCCCAAACAAUGCUUUACUUGGAUAAAUUAUGUCUGAUUGCAGAACCUUUUGGCAUGCAUUAGGACUGGGUUUCCACUGGGUUUUCCAUGCCACUACUGUAAUUUCAAGAAGUCUCUUAGUUGUUGAGACCAAUACCUCACUUGUAAGUGAUGUGCUCCGCUUAUUAGCAGAUUUCCGACGAUGUCAAAUACGAAGGGCAUAUAGAACAUUCAAACCAAAUCAAAGUCACAAAGCUCUUUAAAAAUCUAUGCCUCAGGCCCCAUAAAGCCGAAAGAUUUGCCUUUUAGUCUUCUCCUUUGAAAUGAGCUAACAGUUGUAAAUUUGUUCAUCUAAAUAGAUAACCCACAAUGAUGCUAAAAGAAAAGGCAAAAAAGAUAAACAACUUUGCGGGAACAAUUAGAUUUAGGGUGGGAUAUUGAUCUCAUUUUGUUGUGCCUUUCUUCUAUUAAUUUUUGAUAAAAUCAAGCAUGAUCCCUCUGAGGAAAGGUAAGGUGUUAAAGGUAUAUGUUGGUGUUGCUUCUUAGGUUAUCACCACUCCGCCAAACUGGUUUUUAGUACAAACAAAUGGCUCCUAAAAAUGUAUAUAAAUGUGUUAUUAAAUCGCCCUCUCUUUCAUAAACAUUCUUAUUCUUGUAAUCCUAAAAAAGGCCCCAGGAAGUGAAACCUUUAUGUGUGAAAGUGCAGUAACCCGCUUGACUAAAUUUAUCAUUGAUCUGAAUGGUCACGUUCAUGCAUCAAAAGACAUUUGUCAUGUCCUCUUCCCCUUUGUAUUUUAGUUAGGUAACAAACAGGUGUGUUUGGGACAUGGGAUUGUAAUUUCCUAAAGCUACUGUGCAAACAUCUAUGCAUUACACGAGUGAGGAGGAGCCAGUAGGUCGUGUUGUUGGAGGGAUUCCACAUGCUACAAAUUGAUUGUUCUGAAAAACUAAGUUUUGCUUUUCUAAUUGUGUUUAUUCGUACUUUGUUGAUAUUCAAAAUAAUGUGCUUUACAUUUUAAUACUUGAAUUAAAACAAUUUUAUGUUUGGGGUUGUUUUGGAUGUUUAAUGUACUCCCUGAAUGAACAAAAUGCAUAAUUUGCAGCUAAAUCUCAAACAACUAGGAAGAAGUAUACAUUAUAUUAAGUUUAUUUGAAAUAUUCUUCUGUGGUAUAAACAUUUACUACAACAUAGCCUUCCUGUGUUCACCGUUUCAUCAUGUUAUAAUUGUAAAGAAAUCAGUAUGAUUGCUUCUGA